CGUAUAUCUGUCUUUCUGAUAAUCCGGGAAAUAAUGUUUAACACAAAUUUAUUACUAUUUGUUUUAAAGCUAGCAACUUGUCUUACACUGAUUGCCAGCAAAGCUGUUGCAUCUGGAGAAAAUGACUUUAUAGAUAGAAUUUUCCAAGGUGAAUAUGACACGCACAACGAGCACAGGUAUCAUGUAGCUAUUCUUCAGAUAAAUCCCAAUGAUACCACAGAACUCAUCUGUGGUGGUGCUAUCGUCGACAGUCAUUACGUUUUGACUGCCGCCCAUUGCGUCUAUGGCCAAGAGAAGAACAACUUGUUGAUCAGAAGUGGCUGGAAUAAGAAUCCGGAAAAGCCUGAACUUGAAAAGAGGAUUUAUCAUAAAGUUGCCAGAAUCAUGUAUCCUAAAGAUUACUUCCACUCGGAGUGCCGUAGUCACGAACAUGAUAUUGCGAUUAUUAAGGUGCAACGAGCUUUCGACUUGGUGGACGACAAGAACUUCUAUAAAGUCAACCUACCGGAAUACGACAACGACUACGAGAAUUAUGAAGCAACUCUGACUGGUUUCGGUGUUGAAAAAAUUAGUAUUUACGUCAACAAGACUAGCGAUACCGCAAGUAAAGAGCUCAAGUAUUCCCAAGAAUUGAAGUACCUCGACACAAAAGUCAUUCCAAUCGAAGAAUGCAAGUUGGUUUCGCCUGUCAUCGUAACUAAUGGCAAUAUUUGCACUCAGUCGCAGAAUAUCAAUGGAUUCUCUUGCAUUGGUGACAGUGGUGGUCCUCUUGUGCACGAAGGUGUUAUCAUUGGUAUCCGAAACUCCCACAAUAAUCAAUGCAAUCAUAAUCAACCUGAAAUGUUUACUCGUGUAUCGGCUUACCUGAAUUUCAUCAACAACGUUCUCAAUCAACAGCCUUCUGCUGGUAUAAGUUACAAUUAAUAAUCUACACGUAGAUUUGUUGUUCGUGCAUUAUUUAUGCAUCAAGAAUAUGAAUAAAUUUAUAUUGAAUGUGAUACUUAAA